GGUUGUGGAAUGCAUGCAGGGCCAGAUUCACUUGGGAGAUAUACACACAUAGACCAACCAGCCAGGUGUCUGCUUACAUCAGAAUUCACCUUUCCAAGCCAACAAACUUUGCCUAGAAAGUAUAGCAUACCUGACAGGGUAGUAACAUCCUCUUUUGAUUUGUUCAUCUUAUAGAUUCUCUUCUCGCUUUAUUCUUGGAUUGUUUUACAAUUUACGGCGGUAAUUAGUGAACUUUGAUUAUUUACAAGUGAAACUAAAGAUCUUCGCACUUACACAGUGAUACUAUUUGGAAUAACCGGAACACAGAUUGGAAUAUUUUUGGAGUAUAGUUUCUUGGUAUGCUACGCAGUAUGAAUGUGGAUAGAAACCGUGGUUCCAAUACAAGAGUUGCUUAUGGCAGGAAGAGGUUCACCUCAGAGAACUUGUAUGGAGAACCAGUAGAAUUUGGGACAUCCUAUGUAAAACCUGGCAUCAGGAAACAACCGCAACUACCCAAACAUGACCUAACCAAGCUAGGUAAGGGUAGUGAUGCGGACAUGCAGUAUGGGAGCCCAACCACACAGUAUGGUAGUCCAAGAAGCUAUGCAGGUGACACUCCACAAAUCCCAGUACAAUCUAGGACAUUCACUAAAGACUUGGAUACAUACCGAAAAGCAAGAUACAUAGGUGACCGUAGCGACAGCAUAUCUAGUCAGGACUCGUAUGUCAGCUAUAACUCCCACCAGGGGUCUGAAGCAGCGGGUCCAUCAUCUGAUAGGUCAGGGACCUUAACACCAAAUGGUGUUAAUGACAAUGGUAGCUACCAUCAACAGCAAAUGCAACGAGGAUCUGGUCACUAUUUAGAACACAGAUCUGAUUCUUUAAAAGAAAAUGAACCAUCUGGUAAAAAGUACAGGAGAACACAAAGUGAUGUGUAUGAUUUACAAAAUGCUGAAAGAAAAAGACUGAACAAAUCAAAAGAGGAAAGCUUAAUGUCAUCUGGGACAUCUGUAUCAUCAGGAGCGGCUGUCAGGAGGUCCCAGUUUGCUCGCCAGGGGGCUGUUGUCAAGGAAACCAUGCCGCAUGUUGACGAGGCAGAUAUGAUUGAUGAAUCGGGGUCAUCUACACCUCGGGGUAGCAUUUCGGACCAACCUAUUGAGGUUCCACUAUCAGUUGGUGCAUCAGGUCAAGACCAAAGAGGAUCAAGAGGAAGAUGGUCAGGCUCAGACCCUAACAUAGCAACAGCUAGUCGCCCACAACAUCAACAACAACAACAAUAUCAUCAUAUAGCAUCAUCCAGCAGUGAUGUCAGUGGCAGUGAAAG